AUGCGCAGCGAAAGAGAGAAAAACAGCCACAAAAGGAGUAGCUGUCACUCUGCAACCCGGCGAAGAAUUCAACGGGCGACUCCGAUUCCGCAGGGUUCUGAAACAAUGUCAGCGCCACAUUUCAUAUCAUUCUCCGAUUCUCCUCCGAAGGAGAUCCGACAACGAAGAACCUCAAUCAACGGUCACUUUCCCCACCAUUUGUCCACGCAAUCCCUCCCCCCAAAACUUUGCCACCAUUACCGUAUUCCACCGAAAUUCAUCUCCGUCGAUCGAUUUUUUUUUCUGGUUUCCCUCGCCGACGUCGUCCGGAUUCCUACAUUUCACCUUGUCCUCCGAUUUACUGGAAGCUUCGCCAACAACAAUUCUGCUUCGAAAUUGUUGUUCAAUUUUUGUCUACACAGUGAAGAGUUGCUGCGGAUUUCAAAUUAUGCAGACACGGGGAACAACUCACACAUAGGUACCCCAAUAAACAUCAUCGUCGGAAGUCACGUUUGGGUAGAAGACCCAAAUGUUGCUUGGAUAGACGGAGAAGUACUGAAGAUAAAUGGAGACGAAGCUGAUAUUCACUUAUCUGAUGGGAGGAAGGUUGUUGAGAAGUUAUCAAAGCUUUAUCCCAAAGAUGAGGAAGCUCCUUCUGGUGGAGUGGAUGAUAUGACAAAGCUAUCAUAUUUGCAUGAGCCCGGAGUCCUCCAAAACUUGGCCUCUAGAUAUCAGCUCAAUGAAAUCUAUACUUAUACUGGAAGUAUUCUCAUCGCCAUUAACCCAUUCCAAAGACUGCCUCAUAUAUAUAAUACCCAUAUGAUGGAGCAAUACAAGGGAGCGCCAUUUGGUGAACUGAGUCCUCAUGUUUUUGCAAUUGCGGACGUUGCUUUUCGGGCAAUGAUUAAUGAAGGGAAGAGUAACUCUAUUCUAGUCAGUGGUGAAAGUGGUGCUGGUAAGACUGAAACAACCAAAAUGCUUAUGCGUUACCUAGCUUUUUUGGGUGGCCGUAAAGGUACUGAAGGAAGGACUGUUGAACAACAAGUUUUAGAGUCAAACCCUGUACUUGAAGCUUUCGGCAAUGCAAAAACUGUCAGAAACAACAAUUCAAGUCGUUUUGGUAAAUUUGUUGAAAUUCAGUUUGACAAGCAUGGAAGAAUAUCAGGAGCAGCUAUUAGAACAUAUCUACUGGAGAGAUCUCGUGUCUGCCAAGUUUCUGAUCCUGAGCGAAAUUAUCACUGCUUUUACCUUCUUUGUGCAGCACCACAAGAGGAAGUUGAAAAAUAUAAGUUGGGACAUCCUAAAACUUUCCGCUAUCUUAAUCAAUCAAAUUGCUAUGAGCUAGUUGGUAUCAACGACGCUCAUGAAUAUCUUGCCACGAGGAGGGCCAUGGAUAUUGUUGGAAUAAGUAAAACAGAACAGGAUGCAAUUUUCAGGGUUGUUGCUUCUAUUCUCCAUAUUGGAAAUCUUGAAUUUUCCAAAGGAAAAGAAAUCGAUUCAUCUGUUCUCAAAGAUGACAAAUCCAAAUUCCAUCUUCAAACAACAGCUGAACUGCUUAUGUGUGAUCCUGUUGCAUUGGAAGAUGCAUUACUGAAGCGUGUAAUGGUUACCCCUGAAGAGGUUAUCAAAAGAAGUCUGGAUCCUGAUGGUGCAGCUGUUAGUAGGGAUGGUUUAGCAAAGACAAUAUAUUCCCGUUUAUUUGACUGGUUGGUGGACAAGAUUAAUGUGUCUAUUGGCCAAGAUCCAAAUUCAAAAUCCCUUAUUGGUGUUCUUGAUAUUUAUGGUUUUGAAAGUUUUAAACAUAACAGCUUUGAACAGUUCUGUAUUAAUUUUACGAAUGAGAAGUUGCAACAACAUUUUAACCAGCAUGUAUUCAAGAUGGAGCAGGAGGAAUAUACAAAGGAAGAAAUUGACUGGAGUUAUAUAGAAUUUGUUGAUAAUCAAGAUGUAUUGGAUCUUAUUGAAAAGAAACCUGGAGGAAUUAUUGCUCUGCUUGAUGAAGCCUGUAUGUUUCCCAAAUCAACUCAUGAAACUUUCUCACAAAAGCUCUAUCAGACCUUCAAAACCCACAAACGAUUUGUCAAACCAAAACUAUCACGCACUGAUUUCACAAUUGCUCAUUAUGCCGGCGAGGUUCAGUAUCAGUCUGAACAAUUUCUGGAUAAAAACAAGGACUAUGUUGUUCCUGAACAUCAAGAUCUGUUAGCUGCUUCCAAAUGUACUUUUGUAGCUGGGCUUUUCCCUCCACUUCCUGAAGAAAGUACCAAGUCCUCAAACAAAUCUUCUAAGUUUUCAUCUAUUGGAGCACGUUUCAAGCUACAACUCCAACAGUUGAUGGAAACAUUGAACUCUACUGAACCUCACUAUAUCAGAUGUGUGAAGCCGAAUAAUCUUCUGAAACCUGCUGUUUUUGAGAAUGUCAACAUAAUGCAGCAGCUGCGCUGUGGUGGUGUUCUAGAGGCAAUUAGAAUCAGCUGCGCUGGAUACCCUACACGGAAAACAUUCUUUGAGUUCUUAACUCGGUUUGGUCUUCUUGCACCAGAGAUCAUGGAGGCGAAUCAUGAAGGUAAAGUUGCUUGCCAAAAGAUUUUGGAGAAGUUGGGGAUGGCAGGAGCUCAGAUAGGAAAAACAAAGGUUUUUCUAAGGGCUGGUCAGAUGGCUGAGCUUGAUGCACAAAGAGCACAAAAGCUGAACAAUGCAGCCAAAACAAUUCAAAGGAAGACAAGAACCCAUCAAGCUCGGAAGCAUUUUCUGGCUUUGCAGGAGGCUGCAGUUUGCGUUCAAGCAAUAUGUCGAGGAAUGCUUGCUUGCAAGUUAUAUGAUGGUAUCAAGAAGGAGGCAGCUUCUCUUAAAAUACAGACAAAAGUGCGUGGACAUCUUGCAAGGAGAAAGUACACUAGAUUAAAGUUAACGGGAAUUGUAUUACAGGCUGGAAUGCGGUCAAUGGCUGCACGUAAGGAAUUCAGAUAUAGAAGGCAAACUAAGGCAGCAACUACAGUACAGGCUGAUUGGCGUUGUCACAGAGCUUUCUCAUACUACAAGAAGCUUAUAAGAGCAUCAAUAAUAACACAAUGCAGAUGGAGGGGUAGGGUGGCUAGAAAAGAGCUUCGAAAACUGAAGAUGGCUGCCAGAGAAACAGGAGCACUGCAACAAGCAAAGGAUAAGCUUGAAAAACAGGUGGAAGACCUUACCUGGCGUUUGCAGUUGGAGAAACGAUUAAGGACUGACUUGGAAGAGGCGAAGAGCCAGGAAAUAGCAAAAUUACAGCAUUCCUUGCAAGAGAUGCAGAGCAAAGUAGAGGAAUCAAAUGCAUUGCUCAUAAAGGAACGAGAGGCUGCUCAGAAGGCUAUUGAAGAAGCCUCUUCGAUUGUUCAUGAAACACCUGUUCCUGUUGAAGAUACUGCGAAAAUUGAGGCUCUAACUGCCAAGGUUGAAAAUCUAGAGGAGUCACUACAAUCUGAGAGAAAAAGAGCCGAAGAUUCUGAAAGGAAAUGUGAAGAAGCUCUAAAUUCAAGCGAAGAAAAGCGUCAGAAAUUAGAAGAAACGGAAAAGAGAGUGCAUCAACUUCAGGAAUCAUUGAACAGGCUCGAAGAGAAAAUGUCCAACUUAGAGUCAGAAAAUAAAGUCCUUCGCCAGCAGGCGCUAGCGAUGGCUCAAAGUCAUAAAUUGCUAUCAAAUCGGUCAAGGUCAAUCAUGCAGCGGGCUGACAGUACUACAAAAGCUAAUAUCGACCUACAUAGUUCUUCAAUGAUCUCAAGAGAAUCUUCAGAGGUUGAGGGAAGACCACAAAAAUCACUUAAUGAGAAGCAACAGGAGUAUCAGGAUUUGCUCAUCCGAUGUGUUGCCCAGCACCUUGGCUUCUCAAAAGGCAGACCUGUUGCUGCCUGUAUUAUUUACAAAUGCCUCAGGCAUUGGCAUUCAUUUGAAGCUGAAAGGACAAGUAUUUUUGAUAAAAUUAUACAAACCAUAGGUCAUGCUAUUGAGAAGACACAGGACAACAAUGAUGUUUUAGCUUAUUGGCUAUCCAAUGCUUCUACUUUGUUGCUUCUGCUGCAGCGGACACUUAAAGCUGGCGGCACUGGUGGGACUACUACCCAACACCGCCGUACUCCAUCAGCAGCAAGCCUAUUUGGGAGAAUGACACAGAGUUUUCGGGGAACUCCUCAAGGUGUGAACCUGUCACUCAUAGAUGGUGAUUUGGGUGGCAGCCAAGUUGAAGCUAAAUACCCUGCACUGCUAUUUAAGCAACAGCUUACCGCUUAUGUGGAAAAGAUUUAUGGAAUGAUCCGUGAUAAUUUGAAGAAAGAGAUUUCUCCUCUUCUGGGGUUGUGCAUUCAGGCACCUCGAAUAUCCAGGGCAAACUUAAUCAAGGGGACAGCACGUAUGCUUGCGAAUGCGGCUGCUCAGGAGAUCUUAAUUGCACAUUGGCAAGGAAUUGUGAAGAGCCUAGGAGGCUGUUUGGAUAUCUUGAAAGCCAAUCAUGUUCCGCCCUUCUUGGUACGCAAAGUAUUCACACAAAUAUUCUCUUUCAUAAAUGUUCAACUCUUUAACAGCUUACUGCUCAGACGAGAAUGCUGCUCAUUCAGUAAUGGGGAAUACGUAAAGGCUGGGUUGGCUGAACUGGAACAUUGGUGCUAUAAUGCAACUGAGGAGUAUUCUGGUUCAUCCUGGGACGAGCUUAAACAUAUUAGGCAAGCGAUUGGGUUCCUGGUUAUCCAUCAGAAGCCCAAGAAAAGUCUGGAUGAAAUAAGUCAUGAUCUAUGUCCUGUGCUUAGCGUUCAACAGCUUUACAGAAUCAGCACAAUGUACUGGGAUGACAAAUAUGGCACCCAUAGCCUUUCCCCAGAUGUUAUAGCGAAGAUGAGGGUGCUAAUGACGGAAGACUCCAACAAUGCUGUCAGCAGUUCUUUCCUGCUGGACGAUGAUUCAAGCAUUCCAUUCUCCGUCGAUGAUCUCUCCAAAUCAAUGGAUCAGAUUGACAUUUUAGACAUUGAACCGCCACCACUUAUUCGCGAGAAUUCAGGCUUCAGCUUCUUAUUGCCUGCCUCCGGCUGA